AUGUUGUCAAUUAAAUAUUCAGCUGUAGUCUUAUUUAUAACUGCAAUACUUUUUAAUAUCGCGAAUGGAGCCAAUCCAAAUUAUAUGCUUCAACUUGUUAAUGCUGAACGUAAAAAAUAUAAUUUACCUGCGCUGACUUUAGAUUCCGUUAGGAUUAAAGCCCAGGGUUAUAAUUGGUCUACAUGUGGAGAAAAUAUUGCUUACGGUCAAAAAAGUGAAGUUGAAGUUAUGAACAUAUGGAUGAAUUCUCCACCUCAUAAGGCAAAUAUACUUGAUACAACUUUCAAAAAUUUAGGUGUGGGAUAUUCAAGUAAUG